AGUAUAUAAUAAUGGUAAGCCUUUUCCCUUUUGUUCUCCUUAACCCCUUGAAGCUACCUGCCGAAAUCAAAUGCCCAUAAUGGCGCCCCAGACCUGGCUCAUCACCGGCUCUUCCUCCGGCCUUGGAACCGCCAUAGCCGAAACCGUCCUACGAGCCGGCCACAAAGUCAUUGCAACAGCCCGCAACCCCAUCAAAGCCGCGCAGGAAAACCCCCAAAUCGAAGAACUAGGGGGCCAAUGGCUGAAGCUCGAUGUGACAUCCCCUGACACGACUAAGACCGUGAAAGAUGCGAUUUGCCAAGCUGGAGGCUCUAUCGAUGUGGUGGUGAACAACGCCGCAUACUCCCUGAUAGGCAGUAUCGAAGACAUGACCGAAUCCGAAAUCGAGACCCAGUUUAGCACGAAUGUCUUUGGUCCGGUCCGGGUGUUGAAGGGUGUUUUGCCGUUUAUGCGGGCGCAGAAGUCCGGGACGGUGGUCAAUAUCAGCAGUAUUGCGGGGCUGGAUGGACUACCGUCUUGUGCGAUGUAUGCUGGGUCGAAGUUUGCGGUGGAGGGGAUGUCGGAAAGUCUUUCCAAGGAACUGAAAUCGUUCGGUAUACGAGUUAUCCUGGUUGAACCAGGCCUCUUCCGCACGAAGUUCUUCUCUACCUUCGUGGAGCCUGCCGCGGGGCUGAACCAGGACUAUAUUGGAACGCCUUUGGGUGAUACUCUGCAGCAUUUUAAAGAUCUGGACGGGAAACAGAAUGGGGAUCCUAUCAAAGCCGCGCAACGUAUUCUCGAAGUAGUGACGUGUACAGGCUUGGGAGUCGGGACAGAAGAUAUGCUUCGGUUACCGCUUGGUCCUGAUUGCUUUGAUCGCUUUCAGACAAAAUGUGACGCCUUGCAAGAGAACCUGACAAUGAUGAAGAAGAUUGCUUAUUCGACCAGUUACUGAAAUAGAUGUCUGCGGGAUUGGAUAUUCUGUGAUAUACUUCUUUCGGGAUUACAUCAUUGAUCAAAAUAGUAGAGAAAAUAGAAUUUGGGAUU